AUGCCUUUGGAUAUGCCUUUACUUACAAAUACUGAUAAAUAUGAUAUUCAAGAAAAAUUACAAAUAGUAUCAAAACGUCUUUCAGAAGUAUUUAAAAAUGAUUUGGUAUAUUUUAUUCACCAUCAAUUACCUAACAGGUUUAAAAAUGCUAAAAAGAAGACUGUUUCUGUUGCAUAUA